CAUACAAUAGAAUAGAGGUUAGAUGGAGUGUGUUCUCCACAGGUUAAGGAACACACACAUACCAUCCUUGUCUUCCAUCUUCUCCUUCUACUUGGACAAUGGAAUCCGUUUUAAGCUUCAACAAGAUGAUAAUGAAGCCACUGGCACCGAAGGGGUUUGCUGAGAGCAACAUAGCAGCAAGGAAGAAGAGUCGCAUGGCGGUGGUUGUGAAAGCAGAGGGUGCGGGUGUUGGUGUUGGAAUCAACCCUGAUAUCAGGAAGACUGAGGAGAAGGUUGUGGACUCUGUUGUCGUCUCUGAACUCUCUAAACCCCUCACUCCCUAUUGCAGAUGUUGGAGAUCAGGAACUUUUCCUCUGUGUGACGGAAGCCAUGUAAAGCAUAACAAGGCCACUGGGGAUAACGUUGGACCUCUGCUUCUGAAAAAGUAGAGAAUCUUAGUAUUUGCUUUGAUUUCAGCUUGGUCAUUACCACUUAACAUAAAAAUAAAACUGCUUUUUGUGUGUAUCAGACUUGACUUUUCAAUGCAGCAAAUAAAAGGUGGCUUCCCUAUUAGUUAAUUAGUUUGUCCAAUAUUGACAUAUUAGUCUUAGCUGCAUUUAAUAGUAUAAAAUCCUAUUUUGGAAUUGGAUGAUGCAUUUGCUGCAAGUUGUAGAGCAUUGUCCAUGAUUUUGCUUUGGACUCCAAAAGCUAAAACAUAACGUCGACAGCAGGGUUCGAACCUGCGCGGGCGGAGCCCAACAGAUUUCAAGUCUGUCUCCUUAACCACUCGGACAUAUCGACUACUGACAUUUUGUUUCCUUGAAUAACAUUUUUAUUAGCUUAAAGUGGCCCAUUUUUUUUUUUGGGUAUACCAUUUUGUGUUA